AUGGCUUUCUACACUGCCACCAAAGUACCCGCAGUUUGUUCGCCCAAUGCCACCGUGUGCAAGGGCGCUUCCUGCCUCGUACCAGCUGACAACUUUAACGCCGUGCUGAGUGUGACUCUGAGCGUGGUCCUCACGGUUCUUCUGGCCAUGGUCAUGUUCUCCAUGGGUUGCACCGUGGAGCUUCAAAAACUGUGGGGGCACAUCCGACGACCCUGGGGCAUUUUCAUUGGCUUCCUGUGCCAGUUCGGCAUCAUGCCUUUCACGGCAUUCAUCUUGUCGCUCAUCUUCAACGUCUUGCCCGUCCAGGCCAUCGUCAUAGUCAUCAUGGGCUGCUGUCCCGGAGGCUCCAGCUCUAACGUCAUCGCUUACUGGCUGGAGGGAGACAUGGAUCUGAGCAUCAGUAUGACGACCUGCUCCACUAUCCUGGCCCUGGGAAUGAUGCCUCUGUGUUUGCUUAUCUACACCUCUGUUUGGACCUCUGCAGACACCAUCCAAAUCCCCUAUGAAAGCAUAGGAAUCACCCUUGUGAGUCUGCUUGUGCCUGUGAGUUUGGGAAUGUACGUGAAACACAAGUGGCCCAGACAAGCCAAGAAGAUCCUCAAGGUUGGAUCCAUUGUGGGGAUUGUCCUUAUCGUCAUCACUGCUGUAGUGGGAGGUGUUUUGUAUCAGUCCUCCUGGGUUAUCUCUCCGUCUCUCUGGAUCAUUGGAGCCAUCUACCCUGUGGUUGGGUACAGCCUGGGCUUUCUAAUGGCUCGCUUCGUUGGCCAACCAUGGCACAGAUGCCGCACCAUCGCCUUGGAAACGGGAAUGCAGAACUCACAGCUCUGUAGCACUAUUGUGCAGCUGUCCUUCUCUCCUGCAGAGCUGGAGGUGAUGUUUUCCUUCCCUCUCAUAUACAGCAUCUUCCAGCUAGCCGUGUCUGGGUUUGCUGUCCUAGGCUACACUCUGUAUAAGAGAUCUUGUAAAAAGAGUGUUGGUGAAGAUGAAGAGAAAGGAGAAGAAGAUGACGGCGCCGCCGAAAAGGAAAAGCAGAGCUAUGCCUUGGAUAACGGUGGCUUUGAAGGUGACAACACAGGAAAUAAGGACCUGAAAAUGUCAGUCACAGUUAGGGUACACUGA